AUGAGUAUCAUUGUUCCAAAAAUUUUUCAAAAUUGUUCAUACGAAUAUCGUAUAAAGGAUAUCAAAUAUGCCCAAUGUCAUAUAUUUACGGAUGCAAAUCCAUGCAAAUUAUUAAAGGAAUUGCAUGAAGCAAAAGAUUUCCGGAAGUAUUUUUUUGGUACAAUUCCACUUAUACUUGCAACAUUUGCCAUUUUAAUAAAUAUUGCUUAUGGCAUAUUAUUAAUAGAAUUAUGGCGAAGGAAAAAACUCAUCUCCAUGUGUCGUCACAGUUUUCUGUUAAGUAGGACGAUAAGCAGUAUCCUUGCACUGAUCCUUUUAUAUAUUGUUUUAAUUGCUUGGAAAUUAGAAAUAUUCCAGUAUGCAUCUGCUGCUGCAUUCAUUUUGAUCGGAUCAUUAUCAUUUCUAACAUUGGCUGGUACUUAUGUCGCAAUGACAACAUUACUUUAUUUAGCAAUUGUCCAUCCAUUGAGAUAUCGAUAUGCAGUUAAUGUUUCGCGUUGUUUUAUUGUUAUUACAAUUCUUUGGCUUAUUUCUAUCGCUUUUUCGCUUUUCCUUGGUUUAUAUGGCGCAACAUUGUUUUAUCCGGAAACAGCGCCAAUUUAUUGUUCAUUUGAUCAAUGUCAACAACCCAUUGCUAUCUUUGUCACUUUCCUUCUCAUUGCAUUCUUCAUUACUGUCAUUGCAUUCUAUCUAAUCAUACUUUAUUUUAUUCAUAAUCGAGAUCGAGAUGGUCGACUGGGAAUUGAUAUAGCAGCGAAAAGUAAUGUACGAACAAUGAAUAGAUUAGCACUAAAUAUGGUGACAUUUACUGCUGGCUCAUUACCGAUUCUUAUUGUUAUGGCGAUUGCAGCGAUUAAUUUGAAAAACUUUGCUAUUUUAGGUUUGGGUGAUAAGUCAUCGUGUAAAACUUUCCUUUAUGGGAGACUUUUUUUACAAGUCGAAAUUUUGGCAUGUAUUGCCGCAAUUGUUUGGGUUUUGGCGAUGAUCUUUGAUCCAAUUAUUAACUUCUUUGCUGAUUCAAAAUCGAUCGAUUUGACUCGUCCAUGUUGGGCACGACAACAACAAAUUUCAUGUAUGAAUCCUACUGCUAUGGCUAUUACUUCUAUACAGAUGGACAAGAUGGAUACUUCACUGAUGACCUUCUUCAAUAGUUGUUCGAAGAAGUUCAUAUCUUGUAAUAGUUUUGACUGA